UGACUCACAACCUCGCGAGAUCUCCGUCUUUUAUACUUUCGGUGUAUUCUUGGUGCUGUCGUGAUGGAUAAUGUUGGGCGAGCCUACCACCACAAAUACAUAAUGGACUGAGCUUCAUAAAGUAGGUUUCAGUGUGUGUCUUCUGGACUUGCCAUCAAGAGGAUGUUUCCCUGUCUGGCUCAUAGACCAUGGCAAGUCCUCUGCCGGGUCUACCUGCAACAACGAGCCCCCCUCUCUCAGAGACCCUCCAAAAUAGCAAAGCCAUGGUUCGGUUGGAAAAAUGGAGGAGGUCUGCACAAGCUGUGGUUUAGCUUCCCUGACUCCAGAGUGAUGUCUUUAAAGUGGACACGCGUCCAGUGCUGUUCCACAUCAGGCAGUGGUAAAGAAGGAUCUCCAGCAGGCCCUGAGGAGCCAAAGCCCACUGACAAAGCACAGACAGCACAGAGCUUGGCAAAAGCAGCAGAUUCCAAACCUCAAGGUCUGACAAAAGCAGAGAGCAUUCAAGUGAAAGUACGGGCUGUCCUUAAAAAGAGGGAAUAUGGCACCAGAUACACGCAAAAUAAUUUCAUCACCGCCGUCAGAGCUAUGAACGAGUUCUGUCUCAAACCCAGUGACCUUGAGCAGCUUAGAAAGAUCCGUCGUCGCAGUCCCCAUGAUGAUACAGAGGCCUUCACCGUCUUCCUGCGAUCAGAUGUGGAGGCAAAAGCGCUGGAUGUAUGGGGGAGUCAAGAGGCACUUGCUCGAGAGAGGAAUCUCAGAAAAGAGGUGGAAAGGGAGUAUCAAGAAAACAUUUUUAGAAAUCAGCAACUGUUGAAGGAGUACAAAGAUUUUUGGGGAAACACAAAGCCUCGAUCAGGGAAGAGGACAACAUUUCUACAAGGGCCGGGAAAAGUGGUGAUGGUAGCUAUUUGCAUAAAUGGACUGAAUUUUGUCUUCAAGCUGUUGGCGUGGGUUUACACUGGAUCUGCCAGUAUGUUUUCAGAAGCCAUCCACUCUCUGGCUGAUACCUGUAACCAGGCUCUUCUUGCACUAGGCAUCAGUCAGUCUGUCCGAAACCCGGAUGCCAUCCACCCGUACGGCUUCUCCAACAUGCGUUAUAUCGCCUCUCUCAUCAGCGGAGUGGGAAUCUUUAUGAUGGGUGCUGGCCUGUCCUGGUAUCACGGCAUCAUGGGGCUCCUGCACCCACAUCAAAUGGAAUCACUGCUCUGGGCGUACUGUAUCUUAGCAGGAUCUUUGGUGUCUGAAGGAGCUACACUGUUAGUGGCCUUUAACGAGAUCAAGAAGAGUGCACAUAAACAAGGCGUGUCCUUUUAUGAGUACGUGAUGCAAAGCCGAGACCCAAGCACUAACGUUGUGCUGCUGGAGGAUGCUGCUGCAGUGCUGGGGGUGGUGCUGGCAGCUGGAUGCAUGGGACUGACCUCUCUAACAGGUAACCCAUACUAUGAUAGUCUCGGUUCUCUGGGCGUGGGCACCCUGUUAGGGGCGGUGUCUGCGUUCCUCAUCUACACUAACACAGAGGCUCUGUUGGGCCGCUCCAUCCAGGCUGAGCACUUGCAGAAGCUCACAGAGUUCCUGGAAAGUGACCCUGCAGUCAGGGCGAUUCAUGAUGUGAAAGCUACAGAUAUGGGGCUGAGCAAAGUGCGUUUCAAGGCGGAGGUGGACUUUGAUGGACGGGUGGUGACGCGCUCAUACCUGGAGAAGCAAGACAUCGAACAGAUCCUCAACGACAUUCAGCAAGUUAAGACACCAGAGGAGCUGGAGAACUUUAUGCUGAAGCACGGGGAGAACAUUAUAGAUACUUUAGGAGCGGAAGUGGACCGCCUAGAGAAAGAGCUCAAGCAACGCAAUCCUGAGGUGCGACAUGUGGAUCUGGAGAUUUUAUAAUGUCAUGACAAAUGGCAGAAUGGUUGGGAUCAAGAAGGAGACCUAAUCAAAUUCUCUCCAACCAGACAGUCAGCUGAAGUCUUACUUUACUGCCCCACAUCACCCAAACACUAGUCUGUACAUGGUUUCAGAUUGUCUGCUAACCUAGCCACAGCCAAUAAUAAGAGGUCUCUGGAUUAGAUAAAUGGGUGAUAAUGAUUAUUUUAUAGUCAUUGGCUUUUGGUUCAGCGAUAGUUGCAUCAUCAGAGCUUUGAAAUCAUGUCAGUGGUUUCCAAAGGGACCAGAAUCUUUUAUCAUUGAACUUUUUGCACACAGAGCAUCAUAAACACUCAUUUCAUAUAUGUUCUCUUUAUAAUACAAAGUAAACACUGGGCGACAAAAUAUGACUGUAGGAAUAGUGCACUUGAUAGGUAACUUUUUGAUGUGGCCAUUCUAUUAUUUCAAAACAAAGGUUUAAAGUGUAUUUAAAAAAUGUUGCUUUUUUGUUGUUGUUCAGAUGCACACAAAUGAUGGCAUGUUUGGUUGAUGUCAUCAUUGAAUGAAGUGGGCAAUUGAAUGAAGUUAGUAUAAGGGUGAAUUAUAACUGUAAUGUAUUGCAAAACCAACAUUUGGAGAGUAGAUCCAAUAUUUAAAUUGAUGUUUAUUAAUUUUAACGGGUAUGUGUUAAAUACUCCUACAAACGUAUAAAUAAUAUUUAAAAAAAUGUUUUUUUUAAAGCUUCUUCAGUGAAUAUUAUAAUUUUAACUUGACUGUUUAAAAGUUGGAAUAGUUGGUCAAAUUAACUAACAUGCUAUGUUUUAUACACAAUUAUCAGUAAUGAGAGAACUAUAGAAUCAGAUUUAGGAAAACGGGUACCCAUCGGCCACCACAGACCCUUCUGAUGCAGACUGCUUCUUAAAUCAUCAUGUACCACCAGUCCUAACAGUACUAAUGUUAUUUUGCUGCUUUUGAAGUGCAUUUUAGACUGUUUUCAGCCCUGUAAUUUUAUGCAAAUGAAUGAAGUGAUCUUGGAUUGGUGCACAAAUUCCAAAGAUCUGUUUCUAAAGUCACUAAAACACAUCCUGGGGUGGCAUUGUUAAAGAAUAGUUCACUCAAAAAUAAAAAUUCUCUCAUCAUUUACUCACUGCCAUCCUAGAUGUGUAUGACUUUCUUUCUUCUACUGAACACAAACAACGAUUUUUAGAAGAAGAUUUCAGCUCUGUUGGGCCUCACAAUGCAAGUGAAUGGUGAUCAGAACUUUGAAGCUCCAAAAAGCACAU